AUGACCUCCAAAGAUGUGCGCGACAUUCUGCAAAUCAGUUCGACCUCUACCACCGGUCCGGGACUCUCCUCCACCAGCACCUCCCGCCGUUCCAACCCGACCAGUGCGCCUCCCAACUCCCGCAAAGGUGCUGCCCGACCCGCCGGCGUGACUCGCGAACUGUUCGCUUUGAUCGGUCACAAUGCCCCUUCUUUGGUUUUGGCGCAAUCGACGACGAGUAAACCGCAGUUCAAGUCGAGGAUUGGGGUCGGGAAAGAUGGCAAGGGUCUGGGAGGCGGUUUGGCGGGUAGGAGAGGGGGAACGAAGUGGACUUGGACCGCGUUUGUGAACCCUUCUAGAGGGGCCAAGGUAGAGGACUUGCAGAAGUUGAGGGAGGCGGAGAAGAAGGUGGUCGAGAGAGCGCAGGGGGAUGAGAAAGUUGUGGGCGUUGAAGCGGAGGAGGAGGAACAAGCGGGGGAAGAUCAAAGCUCUCGCAUCAACCCCAGGGCCAAACUCCAACUUCGACAUUGGGUCCGGGACCUCCCCGAAUCGGAACAACAACCCGUAUUGGACUCCAGGUUCUCCAAGUUCAAUACGUCGAGUCAACCCAUGUCGUACACAGAUCAGGAGUACGAUCGGUGGCUGAGAAGUAGGUUUUCCUGGACUCAUCGAAUGCCACGCCCCUUCCGAGCUGAUGAGUACGAUACCGGGAGCCUACAGAUCUUGAUCCUACUUGGACGAAGGAUGAGACGGAUCAUUUGUUUGAACUCGCGCGCACGUACGACAUUCGCUUCAUCGUCAUGGCCGAUCGAUGGCAGCAUACCUCGGAGCGCUCCGUUGAGGUCAGUCCAUUCGUCCAGGAGGGGGGUUCCAGCCGAUGUAGCUUUGAAAGCUGACCUCUACUGCCAUCCCUUUCGGUUCAGAUGCUCAAACAACGUUAUUACUCGAUCUCGCGCGAGCUGUUGAAGCAACGCCCGCCCCCAGCGACGCUCGCUCCGGAGGACAAGGACAAGUGGGACAAGCAGCGCCAGGACGCCAUCUCGAGCAUGCAGUUCGAUAUGAGUGAGUUUUGACUCGUUUGUCGUGGUGUUGUUGUUAUAUUGUAGGAGCGAUGGCUGAAUGGAUUGGCCGUUUGAUCCCCGACUCUCCCCACCGCAUCACAGACCGAGAAGUGGAACGCAAAGCCUACCUACGGUCCUUGCUGUCCCGUACGCCUAAACAGAUCGCCGAAGAAGACUUCCUCUACAUCGAAACACGGCGCAUCGAACAACAGUACAACAAGAUGGCGACCGAGCGAGCCGAAUUGCUCAAGAUACUUGGAGGAAGGGAAGGGAUCGGUGCGGCACCGGGUGUACCUUUGGGUGUUGGUGGAGGGGCGAAAGGGGCGGCCACUACGCAGGCGCAGAAGGUCGAGGAGAGUAAGAAGAAGAAGGGGCAGACGGGUUGGGAGUUGGAAGGACUCAAUGGGGGUGGGUUGCCCGAAGGGUGGGCGGGAGAGGGCAGUGUUCGAAAGGCGACGCCGGCGCAAGGUGAGUGGUCUCUGGAUAGAGAUCAGAUCAGGUUGUCGGUGAGGUGGAGAUUGACCUUGAUAUCCUGGUUCAAUAGACGCUGCAAACUGCAUCGAACGGCAUCCUGCCCCAUCGGUCUCGGCCCCGAAAGCUAGUCCCUGGCCAUCCGUCGGCGUCCGUUCCUCGCGCAUCGCAUCCGUCAAACCCGGCGUCGCCGCCAAAGUCUCUUCGGCGCUCGUCGAACUCGGCAUCUCGACGCAUCUCAUCAUGCCCACCAAAGGCAACAUAGAGAAACUCGACCAACUGCAGGCGACACUGAGUCGAAUGGUCGAAUUGAAAAAGGCCGUCGAUCGAUGCCAAGCCGAGAUCAAGACGUUCACCAAGAAGAGGGACGUGUUGCUCGCUACGCAGGGUGGUCCACCUGUUCCAGCUUCGGCUUCGGUUACUCCGGCUCCGGAGAAGUUGGCGACACCGGCACCGAUGGAGAUGGAAGGUGAACAGGUCAAGAAGGAGGAAGGGGACGAUGCGGGGUCGAACAAGACUGAUCAGAGGGUGAGUCUGAGGGUUGCUUGGGCGUGUACAGGCUGGACGGUUGGAAGUCAGGAUCGCUAA